GUCUCAAAUGAAUGAUGUUUAUAUAACAGACUCAUUUGCGUACUCCGCUCUUCUACCCCAAAUAAAAAGAACCUCUUCCAGCUUUAGACAAUUAGUAUUUUUCAACGCAUCUCCAACUUCAGCUCCGCAAUCAAGCCGCAAAUAUGCCUUGGCAGAAGAUUGACCACCAGUUUGCCAAUGUUAAGCUCAGCUAUGACUCUGAGCCGAAUUUCCAGCCAUGCAUCAAAGUAUCCGUAUUUUUCAAAAAGAUUGAUUCCAUCGACUAUGAUGCCUUCUUCGGCCAUUGGCAGACAGUCCAUGCUGAUCUAGCCAUUGCGACACAAGCAUUCAAAAAUCACAUUGUUCGAUAUGCUCAACAUCACCAAACGCCAGAAAUGAAAGCGCGAGCUGCAAGUCUUGGAGAAAAUGUUCUUGAAUAUGAUGGCUGUGCGCAACUAUGGGUCCGCACAUGGGACGAUUGGCUCGCGUUUUACAACAGCAAAGAGUAUGCCGCGGCGCUGAGUGCAGAUUGUGACAGAUUCAUGGCCUUGCCUAUGACCUAUAUGGUUGGUUAUGAGAACCUAAUUGUUGGCGAUGCGUCAAAGAUCAUGGGUGGUAAAGAUGGCUUUGUUAGGUAGAUAAGUGAAAAGAUGAAUUAAAACUACUAGCAUCAUGUUAGAUAGUCAUUGAGACAAGACGAG